GAUUUGCACGUUCAGUGUAGCACGGAUUGCGAAUAUUGCAACACGAGCGAGAGUUAUUCUACGUGCUGAUAAGAUAAAGGCCCACAUAACGAGAGUAUGGAGAAACCUAUAGUGCGGGCGAGAGUAGUGAAGGUCCUGGGCAGGACGGGCUCUCAAGGACAAUGCACGCAGGUCAAAGUAGAAUUCCUGAAUGAGCAGAACAGACAGCUAAUUAGAAAUGUCAAAGGUCCCGUGCGCGAAGGUGACAUUCUGACGUUGCUGGAAUCCGAACGAGAGGCCAGGAGACUCCGUUAAACUAACGAAAAUAAUCGUCACGUGACUGGAGAACACUUGAAGAGUUGCGUCGAAAUUAAAUAUUAAUAUUCUGGCGGCAAGUACGAUGACGAAGUCAAGGAAGAACUGUUCUUGUAAUUUACCAUGUCUUUUAUUUCUAAAGUCCGAAGAAAAUGUAAUAAAUAAAAAGGAAA